AUGCAGGAGGUGUUCCAGAGGUAUGCAGCCUUCGGUGCGAACCGUCAAGCAAAGGAUGUUGGUUUGGAAAAUGUGAAGUUUGCAAAGUUAUGUCGAGAGAAUGACUUGUUGGAUCGAACGCAAGCAGAUUUGGUUUGGACUAAAGUAAUGCGGAAAGAGCGUAAAAUGAAUUUUGAGCAAUUCAAGAUUGCGCUUCAGGAGAUCGCUAAGGUCAAGGGUGUGGAUCUUACACAAGUUGAGGCCAAGCUGGGUGGUCCAAAGACUACGGGCGCCACUGAAUUCGCAGAUGAUGAUUGGGUCAAACGACAAACAGAUGUUGGUCUUUACACCGGCAAGUACAAACAUAAAUUCGAUGCGGCCACAGGCAAAGGUAUCGGUGCAGCUGGUGAUAAGGAUGACUUCGUCCCACAAGACCUCACACAACUCCUCGACCGAACACCAGCCGACAUUCGCGGUAGAAAAUAG